UCUUGUUUGGUUGAAGUAUGUUCCAGGCAUCAGCAAUCUUUCAAGGUCUCUCUCUCUCUCUCUCUCUCAAGAUUAAUCUAAAAAAUUGUCCAAAUGAUGAAGGAUGAGAAGUUGUUUGAGUCUCAAGGUGGUCCUAUCAUCAUCUCCCAGUCAGAAUGGAAAGUUCAGCUAUGGUUAUGCAAGCUCCCCUAGAAAAAGGUCUACAAUGGAAGAUUUUUAUGAGACAAGAAUUGAUGGUGUGGAUGGAGAGAUAGUUGGUCUCUUUGGAGUUUUUGAUGGUGAGGACUUUGAUUGUGAAAGUUGUUAUCUGUCAUACAAAAACUGCGUAGAGAAUACCCUAAAAGUUCCAUGGUCAUCUUCUCCAUUUAUUCAUUAGAUCCAAAGCUCACAAACCCGUGGGACUAAAGGAGGGGUGGAUUCUACAAAG